GAGGAGACAGUAGCGGAGGAAGCUAGGAAGCAAGCAAGGAAAGGAGGAAGGAAGGAAGGAGAUGCUGCGGAGGAAGAAGAUGUUUUUCAAUCCAUAUUUGGACAAACUGCCAAUCAUCAUCUUCAUCAUCGUCACGGUGACGUCAUGGGCGAGCGCAGGCCAGUGGGAGGCAACUGCCAGAAGAAAUGCGGGUCCUAGGUGCCUUAGUCUGUCACCAGCAGGACCAUGGCGAUUCAUUGGCCACUGAGAAAAGAAGGAUGCUUGCAAGGCUCCGUCUCCACUGCUAGAUGCUCCGCAUCCUCCUUCAAGCUUCUAUGGUUGCCGUGGAUCUUCUUUUGGCUGCUCUGGCCCAUCCGAGCUGAACAAGUGGUCAGCGGCGGACAUGCGGGCUCGUCCUCGUCCUCGUCCUCGUCCUCGUCCUUGUCCUCGUCUCCCUCCAGCUCAUCAGCGGGGUUCGGCAGCAGGCCCAGCGGGGGUCAGCUGGACUGGCUGCUGUCAGAAAAAGGACCUUUCCAGCGAUGCUCCGAGUACACCGAGUUCACCGAGAGGUUCCAGCAGGGAUUUUCUACCAGAUACAAGAUUUACAGGGAGUUCAGCCACUGGAAGGUGAACAGCUUGGCCACAGAAAAGCGGGACCUCUUCAAAGCGUCUUUACCUUUAGCACCAGAGUUUUUACGCAACCUGCGGUUGCUGGGGCGACGGCCAACCUUACAGCUGAUCAACGAAAACCUCAUCAAGAAGUACGGGACUCACUUUCUGGCGUCGGCUACUCUCGGAGGGGAGGAGUCUCUGACCAUCUUCUUGGACAAACAGAAGCUGAACAAGAAGUGGGAAGGCAACAACAACAACAACAACAACAGCAGCAGUAAUGUGGUUUCUCUGGAGCUGCUGCACCAGUUAGCUGCUUCAUACUUCACAGAUCGAGAAAGCACACUUAGGAGACUCCAUCACCUCCAGAUCGCCACUGCAGCUAUCAAGGUAACAGAGACGAGGACGGGCCCUCUCGGGUGCAGUAACUAUGACAGCUUGGACUCUGUUAGUUCAGUGUUGGUGCACAGUCCGGAAAACAAGAUCCACCUAAGAG